AUGGACAGACCAGAUGAAGAAGACAAAUCUUCUGAAAAUCUACAGACGGAUUCCCUUCACAAGAUGGACUCCAAAGAAUGGGUUAAGUUGGAGCAGGACUCUAAGCACAGCCAGAACCCACUGACCAAUCGGGAUGGGCAAGAAGCAACUCUUGUCUGUGAAGACCCUCAGAUGUCACUGCAACAGUUUUCGGAGACGAGCACCCUUGCGCCGACCCCAGAGAGCUCAAUCCUCAAGCUCAACUACUGGAAUGCAAAGAUGGGUCUACAAAUGAAGGAGCUCGGAGAUGACCACGUUGACUGGUUGGAGAAGAUCAACAACAUCAUACAAAAGAUAAACAAUACAGAGAGCACAGUGAAGAGCCUGUUAACUGAGGUGAUAUCCCUGGAAAACCAGUCUGAAAAUUUGGAGGACCCCGAUCAGGAAGCAAACAUUGAGGAGAAGAUCAUAGAAAUCCGAAAGCAAUUGAAAGAAAUGAACAUCAAACUGGCGCAGGUCGAUGCUUGCAAUGAAGCCCGUGAAUUAAAGGAGAAACUCAUCGAACGGAUAGAGAGCUUUUAUAAGGAAAUGAAUGUACUGAACACUAAGCUGGAGAUGUACAACACUCAAGGGAGGGAGACAGACAGACAGACAGACUCCCACAGCUCGGAAGACUUGGAUACCGAGCAAACAGAGCCCCUGCUGCCCGAGGGUCCCCCAGCCCCUUCCGGGUCACACCCUCCUCUCUACAGUGCAGUGUGGAAGCACGCCCUGAAGCUCUUCGUCAUGGUCUACGUGGUCGCCAUCACCGGCCUGUCGUGUUACAUAUUGUUCGUGGAUGCCACGUUUCUCUUCGAGCGGUUGCUGCCCAGCGUGCUGGGGCACCGUGCCAUGUGGGAGCUUCGGGAGAUGGUGGCGCCUUUCCUGAAUUUGGAAACAGAGGAUUUGUUACCAUCCUAAAGAUCCAAAGGUUACCGAUACCCAGCUCUCUUCCUCGCCAAUAAAUUUUACAUGUUCCUAUA